GGGCGAGUGUGUGUGUGUGUGUGGGUCGCCUAUAUAAGCAGGCGACGGAGGGUCCUCUUCACAUUACCUCACACACUUGUCUGAGAGAUGCAGCUCCUCGUGCUCCUGUCCUUGGUGGGCGCCGUGUUCGCCGCCGCCCUUCCUGCGGAGGUCCCUCCCCCUGCAGAGGCCCCUGUCCCAGCAGAGGCCCCUCUCCCUGUGGAGGACACCGAGGAAGUGGCGCAAGCCAGGGCGGAGUUCGAUGUAGCGUUUAAGGCCGCCGCUUCCGCUGCUGAGGCUGGUGCGGUGCCCGAGGUCGUGAUUCCGGAGGGCGCCCCUGCCCCUGUUGAGGACACUCCUGAGGUCGCCGAAGCCAAAGCCAAGUUCCAGGCUGCCUUCGACGCCGCCGCCCUCGCCGCGAAGAACGCCCCAGACUUUGACGUGGACGGUAAAAUCUCCACCUACAGCGGCUUCCUCUCGGCCGUGGACGGCAGACUGUCGCCUUUCUACACCAACACCUUCCCCUUCGGUGCUUAUGGCCUGCACGCCCCCAUUGCCCCCGCGGUGCAAGCUGCCCCUCUGACGUACACUACCUCCGUGGUGGGAGGUGCUCCCGUGGUGGUGGGAGGUGCUCCCGUGGUGCAGGGUGCCCCCGCCUCGCCCAUCAUCUACUCCGGUCUGGGUCUGCCUGGCUAUUAUGGAUACCCUGGGAUGUACGGCUUCCCGGGAACCUUCGCCCUCGCCGCGGCUCCGGUGGCAGAGGCAGCUGCUGAGGAGGAGCCCGCCGCCGUGGAGGAGGCAUAAGGCGAAGCGUGUGAAGUGAUGAACAUCAACCGACAGCCUCGCGCUGUGCUGCACUUUCUACAACCCUUUCUUCUGUUCCUAAAUCUGAACUCUUCUGGUACUUCUCUUUUCAUUUUGUCCUUUGAAACUCUUCUUCUUCUUUAAAGAUCCUAUACGUACACCAGUUUGGAUUAAUUGGCUCGAAUCUUUAAAAUGUUUGCGAAAAUCGAAAUAAAUAUUUUUAGACAGUC